AUGCCUUCAAUGAUUGGCAAAGAGAAGAAAAAGAAAGAGCUUAUACAGAAUCUUGAUAAAAUAUUCGAGCAGCUGCAGCGUGAACAUACCAUAUCAGCUGGCGAUUUUCCGGACAUAAACAAAAUGCGCGAGCGUUUACCGGAUUAUGAUUUUACAAAAUUCAACCCAAUUAAACCAAAACUAUUGGACGUCGUUAAUGGGAUGCUUGCUUCGGAUAUUGCUCGACUGAUGGCGCAAAUCCCGAAGGAAGAGAAUGCACCAAUAACGAACGGCUUGGCACAGUCCCAUCAAACUGAAGUGAGUUUUUUGUCUGCUCUUUCAUUCGGUUUUGACGUUUCAUGA